CGAGGCGGAUGCAUUGAUGUUAGUGGGGAAGAGUUCUCAGGAAUGAAUGGCGUAGGGCCGAGAAAUAAAACUUGGGGACAGGUAUGGACGGAGUCAGGAUGGGAUUUGGUGGUGGAAUCUCUCAUGCAACUAUAAAAAGUAACGUGAACGCCAAUCCCGAAGCGUGUUUGUCUGGACUUUUCCAUCCGCAGGUGGUACCUUCAAUUCCCCCCAUUUCAUCGUGUUCGAGAAGCUAUUGUUUUCUGAUUUUUCCCCUUCGUUUCCUUCUCCUUCGACACGGUCUUGUUCACAUCUUGCCUGUUGCAAGUCUUGUAAUCAUAAUAUUCUUCUUCUCUUCUUGACGACCGUCACAUCCAUUCGUUUGGUUUCUCAAGUCUUUCUUCCCCUUUAUUGUAUUUUAUUUUAUUUUUUUACUUUUUUUUUUUUUUU